UGCAACACAACUUACGGCCAAGUGAUCUAGUGGCGUUAUAAAGUAGGGAGAGCUAUUCCAAUUAAUUAUUUUUAGUGCUUGUACGCCCUGAGUGCAAUACAAAGUUAGUAAAUAAAAACCCAUUUACUCUCAGAUUUUCUUGGUUUAAUGAUUGUCUGAUAAUUUAAAUGAAGCUCAUGUCCACAGCAUUGCUAUUUUAAGCCUGGUUUUCACUACGACAUAAAAACCAGUAGAAAGGACGCUUACAAAACACGCCUAAGCACACGGUAGUGACGACGCGCACAACAUAAACAUAAGCACAAGCACAAACAGAACAACAGUUUUUGUUCUUCUUAUGUUAUUGCUUAUUUCAAGCGGGAAUGCGCUGAUUUAAGCGUAAGUAUAAGCAAAAGUCCACCAUCUUGUUUUACUUUAUCGAGGAGGUAUGGAACCGAAAAUGAGGCAAUUAUCCAUUCUGCGCGUGUCUACGUGCACGGCUUCUGCUGACUGCCAAACUGGACUCAGUCAAUAGCCUUUUGGCUAUGCUCGAUUUUUUUCAUCGAAUUGUUUUCAAAAUGGACAACUUGGUAUGUUUGACUAUUCCACCUUGAUGGAAUGCUUGUCUAUGGGAUGUUAGCUCCCCUUCCCCCAUUUCAGUCAUUGCAUUGCUUCCACAAAGGCGCUUUAAGAGUAAAUUAUUUUAGUUACCUAAUUGGAGGAAAAGAUUCUAUCCGCAAUCCAAGACACUAAACGUUAGUCCUCCGCACCUUGUGCAAUGAAGUAAGUACAUUACAUCAGCAGUCAUUAUCAUCCCCGAUUAUGGCUCCUGCUUACAUGGUAUGUGUAAAACAGAAAAUUGCUCCAAUUUAAACCGAUUAAGUAUAAUGAUUCAAUAAAAUGCGAGCAAUUCGAACAUCCCCAACCUCCAAGAAGACCGUUCUUUUCGUACCUUUCGUCCUCCUCUAAACACCUUGUUUAAUUUGGUCUAGAGUGGGGUGAUUCUGCCGACUCUCCCCUCCCUUCACCUUUUUCGACAGUAUGUUUCUGAAUGUUUGCAAACGGCAUGUCGGAAAGAGCCCAUUCAAAUCUUGGAGUUUUUUCCUGCUCGAUUACAAAAGGCAAUUUUUGGGCUUCACAAUUAAAGCCAACAUUUCCUUCUCAUAAUUCUUCUUCCCUUUCUAAGGUGCUUGUUGAAGACUUAUUUGGAGAAGCUGCAAAAGAGCGAGAAGUGGAAAAGAUUGCCAACAAGCUUCCUGAAGCGAAGACAUGCAAGAGCUUUGAUACUUUUGAGAUUCUUGCUAAAUUUGCAGGAACGCGAUCCUUGACUGGUUUGGUUUCUCCUUUGAAAGAGGUUCUUGACUCGACGCAAAGUCACAAAACGGCUCGUCGAGUUGAAGAGGUUCUGCGAAGGAUUGGAGUGGGACUGCAAGCAAACUCCAGCAUAACUCCACAGAUACUGCUCAUGUUUAUCCACGGAAUUACUCGUGAAAAUAUUCCGCUUUUGAAAUCAAAACCAGAGUAAGUAUUGGAGAUCCUAUUACCGGCCCAGAUCAAAUUAAUCCCACAU